UCUCUUCUCUUCUCCCUGUUCCUCCUCCCCUUCCCCAGCCCACUCCCCGGAACCAGCGGUCCGAAGAGCUGCUUCAUCAGUAGCGGUAGCAUUAGAAGCAGAAGCCAGACUAGUAGUGCAGCAGCAGCAGCAGCGACUCCAACACCGCCGGAGCCGCCGGGAUGAGCGCCUCCCGCCGCCCUCUGCUCCGAACCCGGCCUUUCUGACAGGAGGUUUGAAGAUUGCUAAAACAUUACAAUCAUGGUGCAAAAAUACCAAUCCCCAGUGCGGGUGUAUAAACACCCCUUUGAGUUAAUAAUGGCUGCCUAUGAAAGGAGAUUUCCUACGUGUCCUCUGAUUCCAAUGUUUGUACACAGCGACACUGUGAAUGAAUAUAAGAGUGAUGAUGGGGCUAUUCAUGUUAUUGAACGACGCUGUAAACUGGAUAUAGAUGCACCCAGGCUAUUGAAAAAGAUUGCAGGAGUUGAUUAUGUUUACUUUGUUCAGAAAAAUUCAUUAAACCGCCGGGAACGGACAUUGCAUAUAGAGGCUCAUAAUGAAACAUUUUCCAACCGGGUCAUCAUUAAUGAGUACUGCUGUUACACAGUUCACCCUGACAAUGAAGACUGGACUUGCUUUGAACAGUCUGCAAGUCUGGAUAUUAAAUCUUUCUUUGGUUUUGAAAGCACUGUGGAAAAGAUUGCAAUGAAACAGUAUACCAGCAAUAUUAAAAAAGGAAAAGAAAUCAUUGAAUAUUACCUGCAUCAGUUAGAGGAAGAGGGUAUCACAUUUGUGCCCCGCUGGAAUCCUCCAGUCUCUUGCUCCUCAAAGAAAACUUCAUCUUGUAAUAAACAACCAGUGUCGGCUGCUAUUAGCAUACCAGAUCCACCAGCAAAGGAAGGAUUGAAUAAUGAAAUUCUUAACUCUAACAGUUCAUCUGAGCUUGUAGUUGGGACACCUGAUGACAAAUUGGAUGCAGACUACAUCAAGAGGUAUCUGGGUGAUUUGACUCCAUUACAGGAAAGCUGCCUGAUCAGGCUUCGACAGUGGCUCCAGGAAACCCAUAAGGGCAAAAUCCCCAAAGAUGAGCAUAUAUUACGUUUCCUCCGUGCUCGUGACUUUAAUAUUGACAAAGCUAGAGAAAUCAUGUGUCAGUCAUUAACCUGGCGAAAGCAGCACCAAGUGGACUACAUUCUUGAUACAUGGAACCCUCCCCAAGUACUUCAAGAUUACUAUGCUGGAGGCUGGCAUCACCAUGACAAAGAUGGGCGUCCACUCUACGUGCUUAGGCUGGGACAGAUGGAUACGAAAGGUUUAGUUAGAGCACUUGGAGAAGAGGCUUUGCUGAGAUACGUUCUCUCAAUAAAUGAAGAAGGAUUAAGAAGAUGUGAAGAAAAUACAAAAGUAUUUGGUCGACCUAUCAGUUCAUGGACCUGUCUGGUAGAUUUGGAAGGAUUGAAUAUGAGGCAUUUAUGGAGACCGGGGGUGAAAGCACUACUCAGGAUCAUUGAAGUUGUUGAAGCCAAUUACCCUGAAACAUUGGGCCGCCUUCUUAUACUCCGAGCUCCAAGAGUAUUUCCUGUCUUAUGGACACUGGUUAGCCCAUUCAUUGAUGACAACACAAGAAAGAAGUUCCUUAUUUAUGCAGGCAAUGACUACCAAGGUCCAGGAGGUUUACUGGAUUAUAUUGAUAAGGAAAUUAUCCCAGAUUUCCUGAGUGGAGAGUGUAUGUGUGAAGUGCCAGAGGGUGGGUUAGUCCCCAAAUCUCUGUACAGGACUGCAGAGGAGCUAGAAAAUGAAGACCUAAAACUCUGGACUGAAACCAUCUACCAGUCUGCAAGUGUUUUCAAAGGAGCACCACAUGAGAUUCUUAUUCAAAUUGUGGAUGCUUCUUCUGUGAUCACUUGGGAUUUUGAUGUGUGCAAAGGUGACAUUGUUUUUAACAUCUAUCACUCCAAGAGAUCACCACAACCUCCUAAAAAGGACUCUGUGGGAGCUCACAGCAUUACUUCUCCAGUAGGAAAUAAUGUGCAAUUAAUAGACAAAAUGUGGCAGCUGGGACGAGACUAUAGUAUGGUGGAAUCCCCACUCACUUGCAAAGAAGGAGAAAGUGUUCAGGGCUCACAUGUGACCAGAUGGCCAGGUUUCUAUAUUUUACAGUGGAAAUUUCACAGCAUGCCAGCUUGUGCCACAACCAGCUUACCACGAGUUGAUGAUGUGCUGGCAUCACUACAGGUUUCUUCUCACAAAUGUAAAGUGAUGUACUACACAGAAGUGAUUGGUUCUGAAGAUUUCAGAGGUUCUAUGACCAGCUUGGAAUCAAGUCACAGCGGUUUCUCCCAGCUAAGUGCUGCCACAACCUCUUCCAACCAGUCUCAUUCCAGUUCCCUGAUUUCCAGAUGGCGAUUUUGCUGACAGCUGCAAAGAAAGUGCUUCAUUCAACAAUCUACAUCUGCCCAGAGAUGUUUCUAGAGCUAUUUGAAUUGUGGCCAUUUUAAGUUGGCUCAAAAGUGACAUGUCUUUUUUCCAUGAGAAUUUAAUAUGUCUUUAAGAGCCCAAAGCCCAUUGCUACACAAAUGCUUACAAGGUUUAUUCAUGAGGAAAGUAAGAUCUAAUUCUCCCUUUAAGAGACCUGAUGUGACAAACAUAACCUGAUUAUGCAGUUUGCAAUAUGCCUAUAUAAUUUUGCUUUUUUGCCUCUUCCCUUAUCCCCAAAGUGUGAUACUGCUUUCAUUUUGCUUUUUUCUGGCACUGAUGAUUUUUUUGGCUUCUCCCCUGUAUUUUUAGUCUUAGUCUACCCUUCUUCCUGAAUUCAUUAUUUACAUAUCGAAUUCUGUAAAUGAUUAUAAACAUAUUACCUCACUCUUGGUAAUAAGAUACUGCUAGUCUUUAAAAGAUUUUUUUAUUGUUAUCAAUAAUAAAUGUGAACUGUUUAAAGAAAAAAAA